GGGGAAGAAAGAAUCAAUUUCGUAUCUAAAAUACUUCUCUAUUACUAACAUAAAAAAUAUAUAGGAAAGGAUCAUUCUGUUAUAAGAUGCGCGCGCUGGAGAGAGAAAGAGAAAUAAAGUGCAAAGUGUAACAAGCCAUAUACACACAUAUAUAUGUGAUACCGCUAUACAAUACACAGAUACAUAUACACAUCGCACUCGCACACCGCACAUCAUUCAUUGCGGUGGCAUUGGUAACCUUGAAAAGGCCACCCUCGGAGCGCUACUACACAUUUUAGAAUCCUGUGAAUCCGCCGGAGUUUUCUGUCAGUCUUCAGCUGUAACCGCAAUUGACUACAAUUCAUUUCGGUUGCUCAAAGAAGCAUCAAGGAAAAGUAUAAUACUCAUCUUUGACGGGCAGAGAAAGAGAUAGAACGAUGCGUCGUUGAUCCUCAUCGUCAUAGUCCUUAACGUCGUCCUUGCCGCUAUCGAAAUGUCACCGUGAAGAAAAUCACGAUCGCUGACACUCGGCGGGAAUGCUGUGGGUUGUUGACGUUCGCGGCAUAUAGGUUAUACAUUGCGGUGAUAACUGAAGUUCCCUCCUCGGAAGGGAUGUCAUCCGCGAAGAAUUGAACGGCGAAUGCCGUAGGCUAUAAUUAUUACGGUGCUCGAGCAGCAUGGUGCAACGUCCGGUCGCGCUUCGGCGCAAUGUGAGAAUACUGUUGAUCGGUGAACGAGGCGUCGGCAAGACCUCCUUAAUAUUGUCUCUGGUGAGCGAGGAAUAUGCGGAGGACGUGCCUAGCAAGGCCGAAGAAAUCACGAUACCGGCCGACGUUACUCCGGAGCAGGUGCCGACACAUAUAGUCGAUUAUUCAGCGGUGGAGCAAACGGACGAUCAACUGGCGGAAGAAAUUCAGAAGGCGCAUGUGAUAUGCGUGGUUUACUCUGUAGAUGACGAGGAUACUCUGGAUAGAGCUGCUAGCUACUGGUUACCAUUAAUCAGAAAGUGUUCGCCUGACAAUCGAUGUCCAGUUGUACUUGUAGGCAAUAAGAUUGACCUCGUAGAUUAUUCUACCAUAGAGGCUGUAUAUCCCAUUAUGAAAGAGUUUACAGAGAUUGAAAGCUGUAUAGAGUGCUCGGCAAAAACACUUCAAAAUGUUUCAGAAACAUUUUAUUAUGCACAAAAAGCAGUUUUGCAUCCUACUACACCAUUGUACAAUUAUGACACACAGGAGCUCACCGAGGAAUGCAAAACUGCCUUAAAACGAAUUUUUAAAAUAUGCGAUGUAGAUAAUGAUGGACUUUUAAAUGAUAUGGAGUUGAAUGCAUUUCAGCAAUGGUGCUUCAAUACACCAUUACAACCACAAGUGUUGGAGGAUGUGAAAGCUGUGUUAUCAAAAAAUAUUUGUGAUGGUAUAUGUAACGGAUGUGUCACAAUGAAAGGUUUUAUGUAUUUACAAUGUUUAUUCAUACAACGUGGAAGGAAUGAAACGACUUGGGCAGUAUUACGAAAAUUUGGAUAUGAUAAUGAGCUGCAAAUGUCAAAAGAAUAUAUUCAUCCUUCAUUAAAAGUCCCACUUGGCUGCACUACUGAAUUAUCACACAAGGGACAGGAGUUUUUGACAUUAUUGUUUAUGCAACAUGAUCGAGAUCGUGAUGGAGCUCUCUCACCCUUAGAAAUGGAAUCAUUAUUCUCGCGUUGCCUCGUUCCGCCAUGGGGCGAUGAGUACAAAUACACUGUACCUACAAAUGAAAAGGGAUGGCUUACGUUCCAAGGAUACAUGUGUCAAUGGGCGCUGCUGACACUGACGAAUGUGCGCAAAACUAUGGAAUAUAUGGCGUAUUUAGGUUACAAUAUGUACCAUAACGAGUCUCAAACGAGCUCGAUUGUUGUGACUCGUGAGAAGAAAGUGGAUCUGGCAAAGAAGCAAACUAGCAGAAACGUUUACACCUGUCAUGUGAUAGGUCCAAAGAGUAGUGGAAAAACUACAUUAUGUAGAACUUUUAUCGAUCCUAAACUCGAGAAAUUAAAUGAUGAGACGGUACCGUCAAACGCCCACAUCAGUGUGAAUACAUUGCAUGUAUAUGGGCAGGAAAAAACGAUGGUGUUGAAGGACAUAAACGUGCUAAAUGUACAGGACGCUUUAACGCCAGCGGAAAUACAGUGCGACGCGGCGGCUCUCGUUUACGACGCUAGUAAUCCGAAAUCGUUUGAAUAUAUAGCACGUAUCUACAUCAAAUACUUCGCUGAUAGCAAAAUUCCCGUUCUGAUAAUAGCGAACAAAAGUGACCUUUCCGAAGUGAAACAAGGAUAUCUGCUGCAACCAGCCGCUUUUUGCAGCAAAUACAAAUUGAUGCCUCCACAGCCGUACAGCAUUUCACGCACAGUACGACGUGAAAUCUUCGUUAAACUAGCUACGAUGGCGGCUUUCCCCCGCUUUCAAGGAGCAUGGGUUUUAUUUUACAGAGACAGCCAUUUGAGGCGUAUGGUCCACAUGUUGCUUGUCGAAACCUCACCCUCUCAGUGGUGGAGUUCUUUCACAAGGCACAUAAAUCAAUUCGGCCUAAUGCAAGGAGAUUCCCUGGUGUGGUGGAAAGCAGGUCUUGGAAUCGCGGUCGCUACGGUCGCUGGUUACGUAAUGAUGCGCGUAUUAAAUACAGAGAAAAGAUAGUCUACCAUAUUCGUGCUACUCGUGCGUGUUUAACUGCCUCCUAUUGUCGAAUAAAGAAAGAGAAAAGAAAUCCGUUAUUAUAGAUAAUCGCGUUAUAUAGGCUCAAUAUAUGGUACAUACAUAUACAUAUAUAUAUUCAUAAAUCACUCUAAUUUUUGAAAUAUAAAAUAGCUAAGUAUUAGAGAGAGAAAUGGAUAAAGUGCAAAUACUUUUGUGUAGCAAGGUGCGCUUACUUUACUCUGGUCAGAAUACCCAUGUUUUUAUUUGCAGUUUUUUCUUCCGAUAUGUAUCAUCUUGUAAGAACUAUUUUCAUCUUAUAAUAUAAAUUAUUGUUUAAUGUAUUGUAAUAUAUAAAUUAAGAGAGAAA